AUGGCCAUCCUUGAUGAGUUCGAGCGCUGCGUCCACGUCGCCCUCCGGGGCUCCUUGACCUUCCGCCACGAAGCGUUGAGAAACACGCUCGCGGGGCCACACCACCCUGUCAUCUCGAGCCCCACAACCAGCGCCGUGGGCACGUCCGACAGCUCCAGCCAGCCCACGUGCGUCGAAGCCGGCGGGCCCCAGCCGGCGCGGCCCCCGCGGCGGGACAGCCACCGACUCUCGGACGUACGCUGGGCGCACAUCCGCGGGCGAGGGCGGGCGAAGAUCAGCGCUCGGAAGGUGGAACGCGGAGGGGAGUCGGAACGUGAACAUCCGAUGCACUCGCUAUCUUCCCAGGACAAGGCUGCCCCAGAGAACAGCCCCAUGAACGUCCGGUCCGAGUGCAGAGAGGAAGCGCAGAGGGCGACGAGGGUACACUCACCGUUCAGAGCCAUCGUCAAGUCGAACUCUUUGUGCUUCCUCUACGCCUUUCGACCACAACAGUGCCCCUCGAGUGCGGCCAAUCCACCACCGUCCCCGAUCCCGAAAAACGCUGUGCAGUCGCACCUCUGCAGCGGGGGCGUGGACCGCGUCACAGGCUCGUUCUUCGAGUAG